AGACUGGCAGUGAAAAGUAGUCGCAGCCGGUACUCUCGUGGACCUGGUUUCCUGCGACGGAGGAACGGUGGUUAUAAAUAGCCUCCGUGCCGCGUGGUGCGGCGGGGGACGCGAUCGCGGCAGCUUCCCACCGACAUUUGCCUUGUUUCUAACCGGGUCAGGUGCACCUGGCAUCGCUUUGCACCACCCACUUGGAACAGUGAGCAGAAUGAGUACCUCACAGGACCAGAAUGGCUCCACUAAGAGAGAACCCCUUUUGAGGUGUUGUGAUGCACAGAGGGACUUGGAGAUUGCUAUUGGUGGAGUUCUCCGGGCUGAACAGCACAUUAAAGAUAACUUGCGAGAGAUCAAAGCCCAGAUUCACAGCUGCAUAAGCCGUCACUUGGAAUGCCUUCGCAGCCGUGAGGUGUGGUUGUAUGAACAGGUAGAUCUCAUCUAUCAGCUUAAAGAGGAGACACUUCAGCAGCAAGCCCAACAGCUCUACUGGUUACUGGGCCAGUUCAAUUGUCUUAUUCAUCAACUGGAGUGCACCCAAAACAAAGAUUUAGCCAAUCAAGUCUCCGUGUGCCUGGAGAGACUGGGCAAUUUGACCCUCAAACCUGAAGAUUCGACGGUCCUACUCUUUGAAGCAGACACAACUGCUCUGCGCCAGGCCAUCACCACAUUUGGGUCCCUCAAGACCAUCCAAAUUCCUGAACACUUGAUGGCUCAUGCUAGUUCAUCAAAUAUUGGGCCCUUCAUGGAGAAAAGAGGCUAUAUUCCAUUGUUAGAGCAGAAGUCAGCAUCCAGCACCACAGCUGUCCCUCUCAGUGAAUGGCUCCUCGGAAGCAAACCUGCUAAUGGUCAUCAGGCUGCUUACUCACCCAGCACCAAUCUCCAGGACUGGCUCACCCAAAAGCAGACCUUGGAGAAUAGUCAGACUUCUGCCAGAUCCUGCAAUUUCUUUAAUAAUAUCUGGGGCAACCUAAAAGGCUUGGAAAACUGGCUCCAUAAGAGUCAGCAACAAGAAGUUCCUGAACAACCAAGUUACCAAAAGGGUAACAGCUAUUCUACCACCAGUUCUUACUCCGUUGAUACUGAAAAGGUUGAACAUCUAGAGCUUCUUGAUCAAGAUGAGGUGGAUCUUUCCGAUUGGCUAUUGACUCCCCAGGAAUCCCAAAAGUUGGAGAAGCCUGGGAAUGGUAGCUGUGAAACCAGAGAGAAGUUUAAGCUCUUGUUCCAGGUGUUCCAGGAGGCCUAUAGUGUGAAUGAUUGGCUCAUCAAGCCUGAUUCCUGUACCAAUUGUCGGGGCAACCAGCCCAAAGGUGUGGAGAUUGAAAACCUGGGCAAUCUGAAGUGCCUGAAUGACUACAUUGAGGUCAAGAAACCCUCGUCCACUUCCAGCAUGGUUAUUGAGGAUUGGCUUGUCCAGAACUAUCAGGACCCAUAUAAAAUAGAAGAGGUCUGCAAAGCCAAUGAGCCCUGCACAAGCUUUGCAGAAUGUGUAUGUGAUGAAAAUUGUGAGAGGGAAGCUGUGUGGAAGUGGCUGCUGGAGAAAGAAGGGAAGGAUAAAAAUGGUAUGCCUGCGGAACCAAAACCUGAAUCCGAGAAGCUCACAGAGUCCCUGAAUAUGUGGCUGUGUCCUUCCAGAAAAGAGGCAACAGAACAAGCUAAGACAUCAAAGGCUCCUUCGAGAAUUGCUGAUUCCUUCAAAGUGAUAAAGAACAGUCCCUUGUCAGAGUGGCUCAUCACACCCUCAUGCAAAGAAGGACAUCCCAAGGAAGUGCCUAGUACCGAGGACAGAGCUGGCAAACAAAAGCUUAUGGGUCCCAUGGCCACGUCCUGGUGUCCCUUUAACACAGCUGACUGGGUCUUGCCAGGAAAGAAGACAGGAAACCUCAGCCAGUUAUCCUCAGGAGAAGACAAGUGGCUACUUCGAAAGAAGGCCAAGGAAGCAUUACUUAAUUCACCCCUACAGGAGGAACAUAACUUCCCCCCAGACUGUUAUGACCUCCCAGCAGUUUGUGAUCUCUUUGCCUGUAUGCAGCUUAAAGUUGAUAAAGAAAAGUGGUUGUAUCGAACUCCUCUACAGAUGUGAAGGAAUGGAGUACUAGAGUCAAGCAACUUUUUUCCAAAAUAUCACACUUCCAUGAGCCGAGUGACUGCAGCUUGCCAAAUCAUUGUGUUUCUGGGUGUGAACAGUCAGCUUAGUUCCUUUCCUGCCUAAUUUUGAACUAAAGAGAAUAAGUCAUCAAAUUAUGAGUUACUGUAUAAAAGAAAAAGGCUGUUUGUCGAUGUUGAGGUGGUUCAGUUCCUUCUUACAAAGUAUUAACUUAAUUCACCCCUACACUAGAAACACAGCAUCUUGGUGGAUAUUUCUUUCAUAAGCCUCCAUGGCUCCUUAGAUUGGAAUGUUAUUAGUUCAUUAAAACAUAGCUUUAAAAAUGAAAUAGUUCUAUAAUCAAGGUGUUGAUUAAAGCUAGUAACCUUCCUUAACCUUUCUUUAGAUGCUUCCCUUGCUGUGGGUUUUUUUCCUUUCCACUAGUGGUAGAAGUCAUUUAGAGCAUAUUUCACAUAAAUAAUUAACCUUGAGAAUAUAGUGAUUUUUUUUUUAAACCAAAAUGUGUAUCAACAUUUUGGAAGUUUUUGACAUUAAUUACAAAACAGUCCACACAUCAGAUUCUACAUUUUCUUUUGGAAGAAACUUAGGUACUGCAAAUUUUGUCUUUCUUCUGUAAAUGUUAUUAAAUUAUCUAGUGAGCUCUUUGGGACUCUGAAUUGCUUCAAAAUGAUGUCCUGGGUAGUCCUAACCUCUUUGAAAAUAUUCUGACGAAAUACAGGCAAAAGAGCCCCGGUGCUGACUAAUCAAAGCAAAAAGCAAGACGUGUUGGAAGUGUAGUACUUAAAAGUAUUCAUUAUCCUAAGGGUUGGUUAUUGGUGCAUCCUGUGUAAAAUGGAAGUUGAGCUUGAGAUCGACACUUGGUGCUUUUACCUAGGGAUAAAUUAAAUGUCCUCUUACUUUAGGCAUAGUGUACCUUUACCUCUAAAAGUGUACUUGCAGUGACAUUUUAGUGAACUGGCCGUUUUGAACACUUGUGCCUUGGGGUGUUUAUUGAAGCUUUAUGGAAACUGAUGUUUUCUCAAGAUCCUUCAAGUCAUAUCCAUGCUUGAGAAAAGUUUCUCUGUAGGAGAGAAAUGGAAUUUAUAAUGUUUUUAAAUUUUCUGCUAUACCUGCUUUCCAGGCUUUUAAAUUAUUAAGCCACUCAACUUGCUUUGGUGUGUAUGGUAUUGGAAAUACUUUUAAAGUUUGUGAUGUUGUCAUCUAGAAAAAGCCUUUUUGGGGACAAUUCAGUCUGACAGCGUCGUUUGUCAUACAGCUUCAUUGGAAUUCUUGAACCACAGCUGGAAAAAGCCCUUUAUUAUUUUUAGUCUCACCCAGACACCACUUAGAACUUUAAUAAAGGUGGUGGGUAAAAACUUAAGCAGCCUUCCCAUUAUCUUAGGUUUCAGGAAACUGUGUAGUUUUUUUUGAGGUUUAACACUGUGUACUCCUAAAUUUAAAUUAAUCACUAUGCUAAUGAGUAUGUAAAACAGUCUUUGCAUUGAUGCAUUUUGUACCUCCAUUAAAAGCGUUAACAGCC